GUCAUUAGUAUUUUAUCUGUGCUAAGCUAGCUAGAUUGUUCCCAGUAAUCCUAAAGGUACAAGUUUGCAGAUUGAUGUUUUCUUUAUGUGUAUAUUGUAAAAAAAUUAUAGAAAUUGCAAAUGACAAAAUUUUCUUCCCUGUCCUGCUUUCACAGGAAAAUGUAAGUGAGCCUUGAUGUAAAUAUGAAUUAUUCCCACAGAACUGAAAAUCCAGCUUCAGUGCAGGUUUGCACACAACCCUCAGAAUGUUUCCCUUGUGAAGAGAAACAACCUUGAAGUGUGUUCAUGUUGUUUUCACCCUGACUGUACAGAGAAAAUUACUGACCACUCUAAUGUGAUUUAUAAUUUGAGGCUUUUUAAAGAUUUUCUGACAUUGCUGUGCUCAGAGCUGUGGGGUUUCAGAGCAUGUCUCCAAGCCAGCUGUGCAGCAGUUCAGAUAAGAUGUGUUCCACUGUCUCCACUGCUGGAAUUCCAGGAUAUUUUGCAUUCAGUGGCACGAGGACAAUAUUUGUCUGAUUAAAAUGGGUUGAUAAGAAACCAAACAAAAAAAAGGCACCCUGUUCUAUCUUCAGCAGAGUGUGUUAUCUGUGGGGGUGGGCAGGCCCUGGCACAGGCUGCCCAGAGCAGCUGUGGCUGCCCCAUCCCUGGCAGUGCCCAAGGCCAGGUUGGACAGGGCUUGGAGCAACCUUGGAUAGUGGAAGGUGUCCCUGCCCACGGCAGAGGGGUGGAAUGAGAUGAGCUUUAAGGGCUCUUCCCACCCAAAGCAUUCUCUGAUUGUGUAUUUGUUGCUUGUGUCAGGUUCUGUGUGGUUGUGAAUCAGACAAGAUCAGCUGUGUGGUUGUUCUUAUCUGAGGUAACCUCUCCUCUGUGUUUCCGUGCCUCAUGGCUGAGGUGACACUCACCUCUCGAGGAUCACACACUCCAGUUUCCAUCAGGCACUGCCACAACUCUGGCAAAGCCUUAAAGGAUCAUUUUCCUGGCUGCAGGAAGCCCCCUGUGCUCAGCAUCCCAGAGAUCAGACUGCUGGCUCAUCAUGUCCUCCAUUCUUGGCAAGAUGAAGAAGUUUGGCAGUUUUGACAUGGAGGAAUCUGAAGUGACAGAUGAACACACGGAUGGGGAGGACUCUGUCCAGGAAACCUCUGACAACCCCCAGGGCCCGCUCAGCUCCAGGGUGCAGCCACCCAAAAGCAACAUUUUUGCAAGACGGGGCCGCUUUGUGAUGGGGGACAGUGACAAGGACAUGGCUCCCAUGGACUCCUUCUGCCAGAUGGAUCACCUGGUGGCACCUUCUGUCAUCAAAUUCCAUGUGAAUCCGGAGAGGGGCAGACUUCACAAGCUCCUAUCUACAGAUUCCAUCACAGGCUGCUCAGAAAAAGCUUUCAGAUUUUAUGACCGCAGAAGGAUCUUUGAUGCUGUAGCCCAAGGCAACACAAAGGACCUCAGUGACCUGCUACUCUACCUUAACAGAACCUUCAAGCAUCUCACAGAUGAGGAGUUCAAAGAGCCUGAAACUGGCAAAACCUGUUUACUGAAAGCCAUGCUGAAUCUACAGGAUGGGAAAAAUGAUACCAUUCCCUUGCUGCUGGAUAUUGCAAGGAAAACUGGAACUCUGAAAGAGUUUGUUAAUGCAGAAUAUACUGACAACUACUACAAGGGCCAGACUGCUCUUCACAUUGCCAUCGAGAGGAGGAACAUGUACCUGGUGAAGCUCCUGGUCCAGAACGGAGCAGAUGUUCAUGCCAGAGCCUGUGGGGAGUUCUUCAGGAAAAUCAAAGGGAAAUCAGGCUUUUAUUUUGGAGAGCUGCCUUUGUCCCUGGCUGCCUGCACCAACCAGCUCUGCAUUGUGAAAUUCCUCCUGGAGAAUCCCUACCAGGCAGCCAACAUCGCUGCUGAGGACUCCAUGGGCAACAUGGUCCUGCACACACUGGUGGAGAUUGCAGAUAACACCAAGGAUAACACCAAGUUUGUAACCAAGAUGUACAAUAACAUACUGAUCCUUGGUGCCAAAAUUAAUCCCAUCCUCAAGCUGGAAGAACUCACCAACAAGAAAGGGCUGACUCCUUUAACUCUGGCAGCCAAAACAGGGAAGAUAGGGAUUUUCGCUUACAUCCUCAGACGGGAGAUCAAAGACCCCGAGUGCAGACACUUGUCCAGGAAGUUCACUGAAUGGGCCUAUGGACCUGUCCAUUCCUCUCUUUAUGACCUGUCCUGUAUUGACACCUGUGAGAAAAACUCAGUGCUUGAGAUCCUUGCCUACAGCAGUGAGACACCAAACCGUCACGAGAUGCUGCUGGUGGAGCCCCUUAACAGGCUGCUGCAAGACAAGUGGGACCGCUUUGUCAAGCACUUGUUUUACUUCAACUUCUUUGUCUACACCAUGCACAUCACCAUCCUCACUGCAGCUGCUUACUACAGACCUGUACAGAAGAAUGAAAAGCCUCCCUUCACCUUUGGUUACAGCACUGGGGAAUAUUUUCGAGUAACUGGAGAGAUCCUGAGUGUACUGGGAGGCCUCUAUUUUUUUUUCAGAGGGAUCCAGUAUUUCAUGCAGAGGCGCCCAUCUCUCAGAACACUGAUAGUUGAUGGCUACAGUGAGGUUCUUUUCUUUGUCCACUCCCUUCUCCUGCUGAGCUCUGUGGUGCUGUACUUCUGUGGCCAGGAGCUCUACGUGGCCUCCAUGGUGUUCUCCUUGGCCCUGGGCUGGGCCAACAUGCUCUACUACACCCGGGGCUUCCAGCAGAUGGGGAUUUACUCGGUCAUGAUCGCCAAGAUGAUCCUUAGAGAUUUAUGUCGCUUCAUGUUUGUCUAUCUCGUAUUCCUCUUGGGAUUUUCUACAGCUGUGGUGACUUUGAUUGAAGAUGACAACGAGGGGCAGGAAACAAAUAUCUCUGACUAUGCCAGGUGCUGCCACAUGAAACGGGGCCGCACCUCCUACAACAGCCUCUACUACACCUGCCUGGAGCUCUUCAAGUUCACCAUUGGCAUGGGGGACCUGGAGUUCACAGAGAAUUACAGGUUCAAGUCUGUGUUUGUCAUCCUGCUGGUGCUCUAUGUCAUCCUCACCUACAUCCUCCUGCUCAACAUGCUCAUUGCACUGAUGGGGGAGACUGUCAACAAAAUUGCACAGGAGAGCAAGAGCAUCUGGAAACUCCAGAGAGCCAUCACAAUCCUGGACAUUGAGAACAGCUACUUGAACUGUCUGAGGCACUCGUUCCGCUCUGGGAAGCAAGUCCUGGUGGGGGUCACCCCUGAUGGCCAAGAUGAUUACAGAUGGUGCUUCAGGGUUGAUGAAGUGAACUGGUCCACGUGGAACACUAACCUGGGCAUCAUCAAUGAAGACCCUGGGUACUCUGGGGACCUCAGAAGAAAUCUCAGUUUCUCCAUUAAGCCUGGCAGAGUUUCAGGGAAGCACUGGAAAACAUUGGUUCCACUUCUAAAAGAUGGAGAGAAGAGGAGAGAAGAGCCUCAGAAGCCACCAGAAGAAGUCAAAUUAAAACCUGUUUUGGAACCUUAUUUUGAGCCAGAAGUUUCUGAGGAGUUGAAAGAGUCAAUUCCAAAGUCAGCCUAAUUCUGGUUGCCUGUGCUGCUCCUCACAAGCAGGACAAUAGAGCACUUCAUUUACAGGAACAGGGACUUCUGGAAAAAGGUCAGAGGACUUAGGGAAUUACCAUGUGCAAGGAUUUAUUUAUUACACUAAGUGUGCUAAAUAAACUAUUUGUUGUUUAA